AGUUUAGUGUGAGAAAAAAACUUCCAGUAUUAGGAAGAAUUCGUUUUCAUCUGAGAAAGCCACAAAAUUCUUCAUGAAGAAUUUUUUGGUAAUUCUCCUGCAACAUUUGAUUGCAAUUUUCUGCAUUCACGUUGCAAAUUGCGUUCCAUCUUCAGCAAAAGUGCAAACAGUUUAUAGUUGGAAACAUUUUGAAUUUGACCAUCUUCCACAUAGUGAAUAUUCUUAUGUGGAUGGUUUUCAUUACUACAACAGGAGUAGUAUCUACCCUACUGCUAUUUCCUACCAUCAACCAUCUGGAUGUUUCUUCCUCCCAAUCCCAAGAAGAGCUCCAGGUGUUCCUGCUACUAUAGCAUACUUCAACAUCAAUGAAUACCACAACACCUACGCACCUCACCUUCGAGCAUUCCCUACCUAUGAAGAUAACUACGCUCCCGGAUGGUUUGGUGUGAAUGACAUCAAUGAUAGGGACUACCAGGGGAAUAUCCAUGCAGAUGAAGCCGAUUAUGAAGGAGAAGGGAUAAAUAGGACAAAGAAAAAGAAGAAAAAGAAGAAGCCCAAGCCCCCGCAUCAUGGAGUAGAAGAGGAAAUUUACGAAAAACCCAACAAUGGAGGCAAUUAUGUAGUUCUUGUGCCAGCAGAAGUAAUUACAAUGCUUAAACCUAAACCUCCAUAUAAGCCACCCCCGUAUGAACCUGAAUAUCAGCCAGAUUAUGAUGGUUCAUAUAAGCCUCCAUACAAACCUAAACCUCCGUAUAGACCACCCUAUGAACCAGAUUACAAUCCUGACUAUGAUUCUUCCUAUAAACCACCUUAUAAGCCUAAUCGUCCUCCUUAUGAACCAGAUUAUGAAUCUAACUAUAAGCCUAAACCUCCUUACAAACCGCCUAAUUAUGAACCAGACUAUAACCCUGACUACGAAUCAAACUACAAGCCUAAGCCUCCUUACAAACCGCCUAAUUAUGAAACAGAUUACGAUUCCUCCUACAAGCCUAAGCCACCAUAUAAGCCUCCAAAUUAUGAACCAGAUUAUAAACCAGACUAUGAUACUUCUUACAAACCUAAACCCCCAUAUAAACCUCCUAAUUCUGAACCUGAUUAUGAAUCUUCUUAUAAACCUAAGCCCCCGUAUAAGCCGCCUUAUUCUGAACCAGAUUAUAACAGACCUGACCAUGAAUCUUCCUACAAGCCUCCAUACAAACCGCCUAAUUACGAACCAAUCAACAAACCCGACUACGAAUCAUCCUACAAGCCUAAACCUCCAAAUUACCCCGUAGAACGUCCAUCUAGACGUGCCUAUCAUUUCACAUCAAUUUACUACACAACCAUGAAUCUUAAAUGCUCACGACUGUUUUUCGUGGAUUCUGGGAUGCUCCAGUACCCCAAAGGAAAUGUAUUCAAACAUAAACCAAUCAUUUGGGCAUUUGAUAUCUAUGGCUGUGAUCAAGAGAGCUUAGAUCAACCACCUGCACUCAAAGUUAUAAUACCAGAUCGCGUUUAUAAGUCAGCUGCAGGAUUUGCCGCCUUCAGCGUUGAUGUCUAUGGGAAUUGCAAUGAAUUUGCAAUCUACAUGGCAAAUACCAGGGAUAAUACAAUUAUUGUCUAUGACAAUGUAAAACAGGACUUUUGGUACUUUAAACAUGAAACAUUCAAGCCAGGAUCAGAGAGAUCCUACCUCCAAUACGGACUACCCACGCAGGAUCCCUACAAUUUGGGAAUACUCUCAAUUGCUCUGGGCAGAGAAACUAGAUAUUCCUACCGGGAUGUUUUCUACGCUCCUGGAUCGAGUUAUGGGCUCUUCAAGACUUCAACGAAGAUUCUGAAGGAUAAAUAUCUCGCCCCGGGAUCUCCUACAUCAUCAGACUUUUCCUUCAUUGGCUACCGUGGACCCAACAAUGGUGCCAUCAUUGGUUAUGACGAUGCAACAGAAGUACUCUUCUCAGUUCAUUUAAUGACAAACAAACUAACAUGCUGGAAUACAAACGCACCGCUCAGUGAGAGAAAUGUUGUUACCCUGUUUAGUGAUCUACAGUACGGGGUUGAUUUCCUAAUUGAUUCAGAGAGAAAUCUCUGGUUUAUGUUGCUUGAUGCAAACUCUGAAACAAUUGGGAAUCAAGAAUUAAUUUAUGGUGCCUUCUACAGGCUCUACCGUGUUCCUCUUGACUACAUUAUUAAGGGAACUGCUUGUGAUUCAAGAAGAGUACUAUUGUAGGAUUUUCUGAAGGAUUUAAUGGUGGUUAUGAUCAAUAAUAUAAAAUAAUACCUACAAAUAAUGUCAAAAAAUUUAGUUAGUUGAAAGCCUCUUAAUAAUCAAUAUUUUUAUGCAAUUUUAUAUUUUUUUAUAUUGCUUUGUAAUGAAUAAAUUUGAAUUUAUGGUUUAAUUAUGGUUUAAUAAAAAACUUACAUUUGAUUAUUUAAUAAACAUAAAUUCCAUGAAUGAAUAAAGACUUUUUUGUCUAUAAAUCCA